CAUGCUCAUUCAAAUUAUACAACUUUUACUGCUGUGUUUAGGUGCUGAUUGUUGUGAUCCCAAAAAUGCUUUGUCUAUUAAAACUCCAAGUCCAAUGGAGGCUCUGAGUGGCUCCUGUUUGUGGAUCCCAUGCACCUAUAAACCUGCAUCUCCAUAUGACAUAAACACUGCAAACCCUGUCACUGGGAUUUGGUCUAAACAUGAGUGGAUGACUAAAAUUGCAUUUUCAAAGAGUGGAGACCCCAGUAUGUUUUAUCCCAUGAAUAUCAUUGGGAACCUGAAAAACAAAAACUGCACCACAAUGUUUUAUAAUUUAAGCAAAAGCCAUGAAGACGACUUUUACUUCAGAUUAGAGAACAGUGGUUUUACUGCCACAGCUAUUUGUGACAUUCUUCAAAUAACAGUCAGAGACUCUCCCUGGAGCCCCACAGUAAAAGUCUCUGGUAAACAGACAGAGACAGAGGUGGUGACUAUAACCUGCUCAGCUGUCACUCCCUGUCCACACGCCCCUCCUCAGCUCACAUGGGACCUCCACCAAGACACUGCCCACAUCACAGAGAACAACACAGACGAGACAUUUACCACUAAAAUCACACAGAACAUCACUCUGACAGACGCCCAUGAUGGACUAAUGAUAAAGUGUAAAGCAUCGUAUCCUGUGAGUGGAGGAUCCAAAAUGGCCGACAGUAACGUCACUCUCAGUGUCUCAUAUGGUCCUAAAAACACCUCUGUUGAAGUCAGUCCGUCCGGUUCACUGUCAGCAGGUCAGUCAGUGACACUGAGCUGCUCCAGCAGAGCCAAGCCUCCUGUCCACCUCUUCACCUGGUUCAGACACAGCUCACAGGGACCAGUCAAUGUCAGCCAGGGACACACGUACAGCUUCAACAUCUGUGAAGAAGGAGACUAUUACUGUGUGGCCUCAAAUACACACGGCGAUGGGACCUCUCCAAACAUUACACUGCAAAUAACUGCUGCUCCUGGGGUCCCGUCCAUAGAAGUCUCUGGUAAACAGACAGAGACAGAGGUGGUGACUAUAACCUGCUCAGCUGUCACUCCCUGUCCACACGCCCCUCCUCAGCUCACAUGGGACCUCCACCAAGACACUGCCCACAUCACAGAGAACAACACAGACGAGACAUUUACCACUAAAAUCACACAGAACAUCACUCUGACAGACGCCCAUGAUGGACUAAUGAUAAAGUGUAAAGCAUCGUAUCCUGUGAGUGGAGGAUCCAAAAUGGCCGACAGUAACGUCACUCUCUCAGUGUCUCAUAUGGUCCUAAAAACACCUCUGUUGAAGUCAGUCCGUCCGGUUCACUGUCAGCAGGUCAGUCAGUGACACUGAGCUGCUCCAGCAGAGCCAAGCCUCCUGUCCACCUCUUCACCUGGUUCAGACACAGCUCACAGGGACCAGUCAAUGUCAGCCAGGGACACACGUACAGCUUCAACUUCACUGAAGAGGGACAGUACUAUUGUGUGGCCUCAAACACACUUGGAAAUGGAUCAUCUCCAGUCAUUACACUGAGUAUAGCAGAGUCUGUACCUGGACCCAGUGCUGUGACGUGGAUUGGCACAUACAACAUAGUGCAGCUCUGUGGGAUUAUACUGCUCUACAGCUCCCUGGUCAUUUUUGAAUGCUGGUUCAGAGCAACUUAUUCCAAGAAACAGGAACAGAGACCAGAGGCAGCAGCAACUGUCAAUUGUGCCGUUGUAAAUCAAUCUUAAAACCAUGUGUGUUUACUUGUUUAUGUUGUAUUUUAUCAUGUACCUGCAAUCCAAUCAGUUUAUACUGAAUAUGAAUUAUUCAUUUAUAAGUUAACAAGUUAAUGGAUGUUUGUGAUAGGUCUUUGUCUGAAUCAGCCUUUUAAAAUGGUUUGUAUUAUUUGUCAAAACAUAAUUCCAGCCUGAAGAAGAAUCUAGGCUGCAUUAGCUCACCUUGCUGUCAUUGAUAACACAAAGUGAACAUUUACUUUGGAUUUCUACUUUUAUUAUAUUAAAUAAACUGUGAGUGUAAAUAAAAUGCUUCAUGUUUAAUAAAGU